UCUAAUGUUCAAACAAAGACACAAAAAUAAAAAAUUACAAAAAUAAAAUCCAAGGAUUGAGUAUCACCAAUCCAAGAGAAAAUGUCUGUGACAUCUUCGUUCCCAUGCAUCAAAAUCCCAGCUUGUUCCUCCUCUCCAACAUGCACAUCUUCAUCAAAUUCAUCCUUUAGAUUUUCUUCUUCCAAACCUUAUGCUUCUAUCACUGUAAGGAAUUCUCAGACUGAAGGGCCUCUCAGAAGACCGGUGUCUCCUCCUGUUAGGGAACCAUCUAGUACCAUCCCUCAGCCUCUGAAGCCUUCACCUCCUUCUCAGCCUCCACCCCAGAAGGCUGCUCCUGUUGUUGGAGACGAUACGAAUGUCAUUACAUUAGAGUUUCAGAGGCAAAAGGCUAAGGAGCUGCAGGAGUACUUCAAAAAGAAGAAACUUGAAGAAGCAGAUCAGGGUCCUUUCUUUGGAUUCAUAGGAAAAAAUGAGAUUAGCAAUGGAAGAUGGGCAAUGUUUGGUUUUGCUGUUGGAUUGUUAACAGAGUAUGCAACAGGCUCAGACUUUGUUGAUCAAAUAAAGAUCCUUCUCUCCAAUUUUGGGAUUGUAGAUUUGGAGUGAAUACCACAAGAUUAUAUAUACUGUCAAUAGUUUCUUGUAGCUUAUCCUAGCGCAAACAAUGUUCAUCAAUUUGUUUCAUCUUCAUAUAUGGCAAGCAAUCUUGCUUCUUUGUCUCACAUUUACGAAAUAACAAAAGCAUCAUGAUUUUCCUUUUC